AUAUUAACAAGCAUGUACAUUCUGGACAUUUAACUAUCUAUUGGAUCAUCCGUUUUUAAAUGGGUCAGACCCAUGUCCAUUACAGUUUAAUUUUCUAUUUCUCAUGGGUUAUCCAUGUUCAGCCGGGUUAUAACCAUAACCAUUUUAGAAAAGCACGUAAUACUCGGCUAAUUUCUCUCAAACUGCCUCAUUUCACGACUAUUAUCCUCUCACUCAUCAGUUUGAAUUUCGAACUCCUUGAUUCGUGGAGUCGUGAUUCAGAAACUGAUAAUAAUCUUCUCUUCUUCAGAGUUUCUAAUUUUUGACUUUCGUUGAUCAACAGGUGGCGAUCGGUUACUGUAUUCUGAAAAUUUCCAUGAAAGAAACGAACUCCGCUUGGACCUCGCUCUAAUUUUUGUGUUUUUGUAGAAUCGAAGCAUCGAGUAGCCAAUGUUAGUGACACUGAUAUGGCUUGCCCUGUUGCCCAUUGAUCACUCCGGCAUAAUGCGUGGGACUGCAGUUGCCUACAAUUGAAGUUAGAUUUGAGAAUCUACAUGUCGAAGCAGAAGCUUUUGUAGGGAGCAGAGCUUUGCCUUCUUUUGCCAACUUCAAUCUUGAGAUGUCAAGGAAAUGACCGUGAGAGAAACCUUGGCUUUCUCUGGAAGAUGCCAGGGGGUGGGAUCACGCUAUGGUGCUUUGAUGUAUAAUACAUGUCUAUGCUUCCCAGAAAUGUUGAUAGAGCUGGCAAGAAGAGAGAAAGACACAAAUAUUAAACCUGAUCUUGAUGUUAACAUCUUUAUGAAGGUUAUGGAUGCAUUCCGCAAAGCCCGUCGUCUCCUUCUCCGGUGGUACUGGAGAAGGAAUAAUCCAAAAAUUGUAUGAGAACGGGAUUGGCUCUGCAUGAGGUACUUUCUCAUUUUAGUUUUUAUCAAAAAAUUGUAUGUUUUCUCAAAAGAUUAAUUUUACUACUAUUAAUAUGGUUACUGGGUGAAAGGUCAAGGAAUUAACUUUUUCACUUUUGUUGAUGGUGUUCCAUAUAGUGAAGAGUUUCGGAAAAGUCUUAUACAUCAGGAAGCAAUUGUGUUUAUUUUCCAUUAAACCGGUUUAAUCAGCACAGUUUUGUAGCCUGCAUAUAAAUUAUUAUUUUUAAAGGAAUUCUUAUUAAUUAUUUUUAGUUGUUCUUUCUACGGUUGAUUUCAUGCCAUCCAGUGUCUAUAUUUUGGUUUGAUAUUUUUAUGCUUAAUUUGUUUGGUGCAUACAUGCAAAAUAUUUAUGCUUGAGUGUUGUUCUGAGAUUCUAAUAGAGGAUUUUUUUUUCAAUUGCCCCACAAUUCUAAUUUAAUUUGAUGAUAUCUGUUACCAGGUAAAACUUUGUAGUGUUGUGGCAUGCGAUUUUAUGAAGUAUUAAUAGUGGUUGAUUUUAUUGUUAUUGACGAGCCAUUUUAAUCCGGUGAUGGUUAAUCGAUCUCUCAUCAACCAACAAGUUUAGGCCGGUGAUUUCACCUUCAAUGGGAAUAAUAUUUAUGCACUAAUAAGUUGGGGUAAUAUAUGCGGAUACCUCACAUUUCAGAAGCAAAAUAGCAGAUAUGAUGCACUGGCACAACAACUGGCUUAUUUUGAUUAUGAGUUCUAAAAUGGUGAUCCUGACCAUCUUAGGAUUAUUGUGGUUAUGCCAAGUCAACCCUGGAUUGAACCUGCAACAUUGAAACUUAAGCAUAGGAUCGGGUUUGGACCGUUUCGUGAUGUCUGGUUAGCAACACAAGUCAUCUGAAGAAUAUGACUUAUGCAUAAAAACCUGAGGUUGGCAUUAAAAUUUCGAUAUUAUAUAGGCUUAUGCAAUUCAUUGUUUACUCCUGACAUUCUUAAGAGCUUCUUGCAGUAGUGAAUAAACUGGUACUUAGAAAUAAAGUCAUUCUCUAAUGUCCUAUACUCCCCCAAAAAGGCUUUCUGCUGCAUUAUCUUUCUUUGGAGAUGAUGGCAAAUUAUUGUUAACAUCAUUUCAUUUCCCAUUCUCAGCAGCUGAUCUUAACAUGUCACCUGCUAUAAUUCAUUUGCAGUUUCAGUUACUAUCACAAUAAAAAGUGAUUUCUCCUUGCAGGUAAUUCUUUAUUGUGCCCAGUUUGGCGUACGUUCAAUAUAAUCUUCAUUUACUUCAUGUUGGGUUUACCUCUCUUAUCCAAGUCUUGUGACUGUUUUAAGAUGAAGUGAGCAGAGCUGAACAACCAGCUGGUUUAUGUUUAUGCACUGAGUCCCCCGACAUUUGAAGGAGAAAGACAUAGGUUAUAUUGUACGGAGAAGAUGAAAUGCAAAACUAUCUGCUCGGAGGAUUGUAAUUAAGAGGAAAGAGGAAAAGCUAUAAGCUUGCUGAAUGUCAAGCUUGCUGAAUGUCGGAACAAUGUCAUUCUAAGAAACACCCAAACCCUUACACAUUCUACUCACAAGUCAAUAUAAGAGAGGAUUAAAUCUCAACAUGAAAUGCCCAUCGGCAGUUGUUGAUAUUUUGUCAAUUUCAAAUUAUAUAAUUGUUUUAAAUGAUUCUAAUAAGUUUCUUUAUUGUUUCAUCCAAUUAAAUAAAAAUGAACCUUUUUUAUUAUA